AAAUAAAUAUACUUAACACAUUCUGACUCUAGAAUCCAAAAUUUGAAUUACCGCUUCUAAAACGCCAUAUUAAAUUUUAAUUCAUCCAAGUUUGCAGCUGGUUCAGAUGGCAGUCAAAACAGUGCCCCCAAAAGGUCGAGCCUCAAGCCUCUCUAAAGUACACUACCAAGCCUUUUAUGUACAUGUAUUUGGUCGAAACAAACUUUGACUGUGCAAACUUAUGAUUUUUUUAUGAUUGUUUAUAAGACAUAUAGCAGUAAUGAUACCCUGAGAUAAGAUUUGUUAUCUAAUUAUAUGUGCACAGCCUUAGAUGUGGAUGAACACUUUACUUAUCUUUAAAGCCUUGUAGCAAAAGCAGUUUAGAAUUUACAUCAGUCGCAACCAGUUAGUUGUUACUUGUAUCUAAAAUAUUUAAGUAAUUAAUUUUACUUGUUCACAUUAUAUGGGAACACUUUAGAUUAAAAUGACUGGAAAACUUUUGAUUAUUGACUGUGAUGCUGGUGUGGAUGAUGCAUUAGCGUUAAUAAUAUUAUUAGCCGCUCAUAAGAAGAAAGAAAUUGAAAUUAAAGCAAUCACUUGUGUUAAUGGCAACACUAUAGUAGAAAAUGUAGUUAAAAAUGUGUUUAGAACAUUAAAUGUUUGUGAGGUAACAAAUAUACCAGUUUUUCAAGGAGCUCAUGAACCUAUACUUUGUACACAUCAUACUGAUGAAGCUAAAAAAGAACAAUACCAUGGUAGCGAUGGUUUUGGGAAUGCAUAUAAAACGGAAGUAGAUACAAAUAUAUUAGGAACAGAACAUGCAGUAUGUGCUAUACAUAGAAUUGUAUCAGAGAAUCCAAAUCAAAUUAGUGUUGUGUGCUUAGGUCCUCUGACAAAUAUAGCAACAGCUAUAAAAAUGUAUCCAGAUUUUGUAAACAAUGUAAAAGAUUUCUAUAUAAUGGGUGGAAAUGUGAAAGCACAGGGUAAUAUAACACCACAAGCAGAAUUCAACUUUUAUAUGGAUCCAGAGAGUGUUCAUAUAGUUUUUAAUAAAAAUAAGAAACCUUUAUGGCUGUUACCAUGGGAAACAUGUUGCAUGUCUCGUGUUACACAUGAUUGGAGAUGGAAUGUACUAGGUCAAAUAGAUACACCCUGCAUGAAACUUAUGAAUGAUAUUGAAAGUGCUUGCAAUAGUAUAAGGAAGAAACAUUUCCCUACUUAUAUUACGUGUGACGCAUUUUUAGCUGGAAUUAUAUUAAAACCAGAAAUUGCUCAGGAUGUUGUACAAUAUCAUGCAGAUAUAGAAUUAAAUGGUAAUAGAACUAGAGGACAAGUAGUACUUGAUCAUUUAUUAUCGAACGAACCUAAUGUGUUUCUAAUUCAACAGUUUGAUUCAGAAAUGUUUAAAGAUCUGUUAAUAUCUUCUGUUAACAUGUAAUGUAAUUGUUAAAAUAAUGAUAAAAUAUUACAAUUAUACAUAUAACACAUAUAUGUUCAUACAAGACAUAAAUGUUUACAUAUUUCUGUUUAUAUUCUCAUUAUGAUAUUAUUAUAAUUAAAGUAAUUCUACAUAUAUUUUUAGUUACCUUCAGUAGGAAUGUUUAACGUUUAUACAUUAAGAGAUGUUGUAUUACAUUGUACUAAGAAAUAAUACAAAUGCAAUAUAUACGAAUAA